GUGAUGUUCAUCUCAAGCAGUCAGUCAACCACAUAGAGAGCACACCCAUGACAGUGAGUUGAGGGUUACAUAGGAGCUGCAGCACAAUGACUCUUGAAAUGUAUCCGUGUGUGUCUCUCCUGCUCCUUCUGAUGGGCAGAGGUGCCAUUCCCCUAGUGCUCUCCGAGGAGGUGAAAUUAUGUUCCAAAACAGUGAUCAACUCCUGCAAUGACUGCAUCAAAUCAGGAGCGUACUGCACGUGGUGCAAACAACCGAACUUCAUCAAACCAGGGGAGCAGGAAGCAGCUCGCUGUGACACCUGGGCUCAGCUCAUAGAAAGGGGCUGCAUGGAAGAAGACAUCAUAUCUCCCAAGAAUGACUUUUCUUCUUCUAAGAACAUCUCCCUGUCCAACACUGCAUUGGACAAGGGGGAACCCAUCCAGCUCCGUCCUCAGGAGGUCAAUCUGAAGCUCAGACCAGGACUGCCUCAUACAUUCACGCUGGACUUUCAGAGAGUGGAGGGCUAUCCUGUUGAUCUCUACUACCUGAUGGAUCUCUCCUACUCCAUGGAGGAUGAUUUGAGGAGCAUCAAGACUCUGGGAAACGAACUGUUUAGCGCUCUGCAAGGCAUCACAAGAAAAGGACGAAUCGGUUUUGGCUCUUUUGUAGACAAGACUGUCCUGCCGUUCACUAACACCAACUCAGAGAAGCUGAAUAAGCCAUGCGCCGAAACAGAGAUGUACUGCCAACCUGCUUUUGGCUACAGACAUGUUCUUAGCAUGACGGAAAACAAAGCUGAGUUUGAGAGCGAGGUCAACAAGCAGCGGAUCUCUGGGAACUUGGACUCCCCCGAAGGGACGCUGGACGCCAUCAUGCAGGCUGCAGUCUGUGGGGAAAGGAUUGGCUGGAGGAAUAGCAGCACUCGGCUUAUCGUCCUGACCACCGACGAUGGCUUCCACAUGGCAGGGGACGGCAAGCUGGCUGGCAUACUGGAGCCCAAUGAUGAGAGAUGUUACAUGGACAAUAACCUGUACAGCAAGAGCAAUGAAAUGGACUACCCAUCUGUUGGUCAAGUGGCUAAUCAGUUAGAGAUGAACAACAUUCAGCCAAUCUUUGCUGUGACGAAGAACAUGGAGAAGGUAUACAGGGAACUCAGUAAAAUGAUCCCCAAGUCUGAGGUGGGAGUGUUGUCCGCUGACUCCCAUAAUGUCGUUGAACUGAUCCAAAAUGCCUACAACAGGCUCUCCUCCAAAGUGACGGUGACUCAUGAUGCUCUCCCUGACAACGUGAGAGUCACUUACACUCCACUCUGUCCUGAAGGGGGACCCUCAGGGGACAAAGGAGUGUGUAACAAUGUGGGAGUGGGACAGAUGGUGUCUUUCAAUGUAACAGUGACAGCGGAUGAAUGUAUGCAGAGUGAAAUGUCUUUCCUGAUUGGUCCGUUGGGUAUGAAGGACAAGCUGAAGGUGAGCUUGUCGACUCUCUGCAAGUGUGAGUGUGACGACUCUGUGACGGUCGAUUCCCCGUACUGCAACGGGAAGGGCCAAGUCAACUGUGGCAUGUGCAGUUGCAAAGCCGGCUUUGUGGGCCAGAAGUGUGAGUGCUCCAUCGGGGAGAAGGACGAGAGCUCUCUGAGAGCGGCGUGCCGGAAGGACAACGGCACGGAGUGUGAAGGACGAGGGGACUGUGUGUGUGGCAUUUGCCAGUGCUACACCUUACCAGGUGGCAGCACCUACUACGGCACGCACUGCGAGUGUGAAAACGAGAGCUGCGAGAAGUUCCAGAACAAACUGUGUGGAGGGAACGGAAAAUGCCGUUGCAAAAAUUGCGAAUGCAAACCCGGGUACGAGGGCACCGCCUGCCAAUGCAAGAAGUCGGACGAGCAGUGUCGCACACCAAGCGGGAGUGUGUGCAGCGGCAGGGGCACGUGCAAGUGUAACCAGUGCAAGUGUAUGGAGGGCUACCAGCGGCCCUACUGUCUGACCUGUCCCGCCUGCCAAACCACCUGUAUAACCAAGGGGAAAUGCAUUGAGUGUCUGGGCUUUCAGACAGGUCCAUUCAGUAAGAACUGUUCCCAGGCCUGUACGAGUAUUAGUGAAUUCAAGAUGGUGGAGAUGUUGCCACCUGGUAAGCCUUGUGAUGUGAGGGAUGUGGAGAGCUGCCGGGUUUUCUUUACCAUUACACAGUUGGAUGGAGAAGACAACUACACCGCCCAAAUAAUAAAGACCAGAGAGUGUCCCAAGUUGCCAAACAUCUAUGCCAUCAUUGGAGGCUCCAUCGUAGGCGUGACUGUCAUCGGAAUCCUGAUCCUGCUCUUCAUCAAAGUCUUCUUCACAUUGAAAGACCUGAAGGAGUACCGCAAGUUUAGGAAUGACGCGCAGAAAACCAAGUGGUCAGAUAAUAAGAAUCCAAUAUUCCAGGAGGCAACCACCACCGUGGCUAACCCUACCUUUAGUGGAGAAUAACUUCAGAGAAGUCAGUCAAGACAUUCGGUUGGAUGCAAACGCAUACAUUUAUUGUUUCUGUUUUAAUGUGCAUUUAUGUAGAUUAGUUCAUUUAACUUAUACAUUGGUCUGUCUUUUUGUGUGUCCCGAGUCUGAACAUUUAGAGAAUGACUCGAAACUUGUACUGCUGGAGUGUUUGCUACAUGAUCUUAUGUCUAGUUGGAGUCAAUUCCAUUUUAGCUCGAUUAAAUGCAGGAAUUUGUUUAGAAAAGCACUGAAUAGUUUUGUGCAAACCUGGUUUUAUUUUGUUUGGGAUUAUAAACUGUUGUGUAAAAAGUUGGACACAUUGUUCAACUUCAUGAAACCUAUUAAAGGCCCAAUGCAGUCAGCGUGAUUCUCCAGUGUUUUAUAUAUAUUCCCACACUGAGGUUGGAAUAAUACUGUGAAAUUGUAAAAAUAAUGAUAAUGCCCUUUUAGUGUAAGAGCUGUUUGAAAAGACCACCUGAAAUGUCAGCCUGUUUUGGUGGGAUGGAGUUUUGGUGCCUGGUGACAUCGCUAGGUGGAAAAUUAGUUGAUAGACCAAUAAGAAAUAGUAACAAACCUCUCUGCCAAUAACAGCUAGUUUUCAGUAUUACCACUCCCAGACAGUCCUCGCUAAAUUAUUGCUUGAGAAAUUUCUCAUUGCUAAGAUUUUUUUUGGUACAAUUUAAAAUGAAAACAAUCACAUGUUACUCAGAAAUGAUUUGAUAUCGAGAUAAAAUGGCUGCAUUGGACCUUUAAGCAAUUAUUUUUGCAGCUUUUAUGUAGUUAUCUGCAAUGUACCAUGACUGUACAUCAUCAUGAAUAUGAAGAAGCAAGUGAAUUAUGAAAUAAAACUCUCUUGAUUUGAUGGA